ACACUGCUCCAUUUCUAUAGAAAUGCGUCAGAAGUUUGUGUUGUGGGAUAGGUAUUCAUUCAGAAUGCAAUGUUUCCGUUUAGUAUUAAUAAACAAUGUUGGUCUUAGUUUGUUUCGCAAUACUGACCACGAUUAACACAUGUGUUGGAACCCUUUGUCCGAAACAAUGUGACUGUGACAUGGACGUUGGUCUAAACAGAGCUACAUGUGUGGACCAAAACAUUGUAAGUGUGGAUGUAGGUGUGCCCAAAGAGGUGCAAGUUUAUAGUUUAAGCCGGAAUGUUAUAAGUGAACUGGAAAACUUUUGUUUUAAGGCGGCUGGUUAUACAAAUCUUAAAAUAUUGGAUUUGUCGUAUAAUCUUAUAUUUUGGAUUGGUUUACAUGCAUUUUCUGGAUUAGAUAAGUUAACUAACUUGGAUCUUAGCAAUAAUAGACUGAGGUUUAUACCUUCGGACUUGUUUUGGGACACGCCACAACUAGAAAUAUUAGAUUUUUCAUCAAACGUUUUCGAACAUUUGAAUAAUGAACCGUUUAUAAUACACACGAAGUUGCAAGUUUUAAAUCUCAACAAUUGCCGUAUUAAAUUUUUACCAGUGCGAAUGUUUAACAGACUGCCUAACUUGAAACAGAUAGAUCUCAGCGAGAACUACAUGGUCAGUUUAAAUUUGAACGUGAUACGACCACUAAGAAAACUAGAGAGAAUAAAAUUAAGAAAUGAAUAUUGGCAAUGCAACCCAGAUUUCAUCGCGAUUGAAACGUGGAUUACGUCGCACGACAUCAAAUACGAAAAGCAAUGUACAAGAAAAGGCCCUAAAAUGUCUGAAAAGAUGAUUUCUUUGGCUGUUGAAAAAGAAUCCGUCGAUGUUAAUACAGUUUGGAACGUAACUGUCGAUAAAAAUAAUUCUAUAGCAGAAGUUGAAACAAAUAAAACGAAACCGAUGACAACUUUUGAAAAAUUUGACCGAGAUUUUUCAGCUGUUCAAGCCUUUGUUAUCGGCCUGGAAGUAGGCCUGGCAAUCGGUAUAGUCUUUACUUAUAUUUGGUUAGUAAAAUUUUGUAGUUGCAAGUCAGUGUUCUGUAGGAGGCCCCAAACACGACGACAGCGUAGGAUGCAAAGAGUUGACGGGGACAUGAGAACUAACUUACUUUGGAAUAAUGUUACGAACCCUGAUUUAGAAACUCCACCACUUUAUCGAAGACAAUUAUCAUUACCGGAUCGAAGUCCACCUUUUCCUGCAGUUAACAUAGCUGGUUUACAGGUUGACGCAAUACGUAUAGAUAGAUCAGAAACGCCCCCUCCUCCUUACAACGAAUGUCGUUUAAAUAUAUAAUCCCUUGUUUUAAAGUCAACAAAAUAUAUAUUUAAUAAAAAGAACUAUGUUGGCAAAAAGCAC